AUGUCACUCGCGGCAUCGCGUCAGCAGCUUGGAGCAAGCUGCAGCGGCGCAGCAUAUGCCUCACAAGCCAGUUGCAUUAUCCGGCCUGCUCUUCGACACCGGCGAAUCGGCCGCGCGCAUGACGUUAUUGUAUGUGCAUCUUCUGGAUCAUCUGGAUCAACGGAGUCCUUUGCACGCGACGCAAAAGAAGCUGCUUCUCGUGCUUUCAAGAAGGCCAAGGGGAGAUGGGACGCUUUUGCAAAGGAGCAGCGCUUGGAGCAACGAGCAAAUGAAGCCUUUAAUAAAGCUAGCGAAUCUGCUCGGGAAGCCACGGAUAAAGCGAAGGAGAAAGCUCGGCGGGUCUUUGUGGAACUGGACUCUGAGUAUGAGCUGACCUCAAAGAGCGCUCGAGCUGUCCGCAGGGCGGAGGAGAUGGCACGUGACAUAGACCAAACGUACGGCGUACGGCGGCGGAUCCGUGCCGCUAGCGACUACAUUGCACGGUCAUGGCCCACGUGGCAGAGACAGCUGGACGAGUUUUCCUCCACGUGGUACGGCAAGACAACCGUCUUCGUCGCUCUCUGCUUGCUGCUCAGCACCCCCCUGUUCUGGGCUGUGCUGAAUGUGCUGCUGCUGCUCUGGUGGCUGUGCGUCCCAGUCGCUGUCCUGCUGCUAAACUAUGCAAGGGAGCAGCAGGCGCAGCGCCUGCAGCAGCAGCGGGAAGCGGAGGAGGAGGCGGCGCGGCGUGCCGCCAACCCUUUUGCGGACCUAUUUGGGGGUACUAGCACCCGCCGCCGCAGGGGCGCGACGUACGGGCGACGUAACUCGUACACUCAGCAGUCGGGACCUGUUAUUGACGCAGAGUGGACGACGAUUAACGAGGCCGAGGAGCCCGACAGGAAGAGCAGAGGGCGCAGGAUGUAG